CGACAAACACUGCACGGCGCUUGCCGAGGCCAACUCCAGACUCUGGCAUCUCAUGAUCCCAGGUUGAAUGUUGUCCCGUGAUGCAGUAGCGAACACUCUCGUGGCAUCUAGGCCACACCAAAGGCGAGCCAACAUGAAUUGCCAAUGCACCGGGCGUCUUAGCCAGCAUGGCAAGAUGUUGGCGGAUUUGGGUAGGCAUCAAGAACAAAUAGCACUGUACAUCCUCACCUCUCUUGAGUAGAAGCAUCAAGAAAAGACCAACAAUACUUCAAAACACUUACCAAAGGACCACACAAGAAAAACACAUUUUCCACAUUGCCGCUAUUUCACCCAACGGGCACACUCAUGUCAAUGUCUUACUUCUACGCCUACCCAGACGUAGACCCCUACCCAACCACGCACGUGGCACACACAUUCCCCGAGAAGAGUCACCAUCUUCACCACGUACCGAUCCCUUUCCUCGCGCACAAAGUGCACAAGGUCUUCCACGACAAGGACCAAGACGUGCACGUGCCCAAGAGCGAUGUCAGGGAGACGCCCAAGAGCUUCUACCUCGAAGUCGAACUGCCGGGCAUCAAGGACAAGUCGGAACUCCAUCUGCGCUGGACAUCGACUCGCACGUUGUUGGUGACGAGCAAAAUCCACCGUCCGGAGAUCCCAGAAGCAGAUAUGCUCGAGGAGGCUAGCGCUGAGGCUGGAGCUGGAGCUGGUGGAGGUACCAUUGAGCCGACACCGACACCGGCCACGGCAGGAGGAGAAGGUCAAGAGGCGCCGCAGGAAGAAUCGCAGCGCGAGGAGAGAGCCGUCCCAGUCCCAUCAUCCGGCCCACCGUCCGCCCAGGGAGACGAGGCCACCAGGAAGGAGGCAGAGGCGGCUGCAAAGAAAGAACCGCAUCUGACCGUCCACGAGCGGCAGAUCGGCGAUCUGAUGCGUGCGUUCAACUUCCCGGUGGACGUGGACCGCGACAACACGCAUGCCAAGCUGGAUGCCGGAUUGCUGAGAGUGACGGUGCCAAAGGUGAUGCAUGGUGAUGCCAAGUUGAGGCACAUUCCGGUCAGUAUUCACGAUGGAACUUCUGAGGCGGGUGACACCGUGCGUGAGUCCGUGGCUUAAUAGCGAGAGAGAGGCUACAUGCAGACUACUGGGGUAGUGAUCGGAAGACAGCAGCAGCAGCAUCAGCAGCAUCAGGAUUAUGAUUCGGUGGCCAGGCCGGUGUGGUUGCUAUCUAUGGUCGAGCGAAAGACUCAGCGUACUGGUCAGCAGAGAAGGAGACGUUGUCACCAAGAGAUAAUUGCAAUGAAUAUU